AUGGCGUUGUUUAGUGUCUUGGGAGCUUUAUCAGACACAAGACCAUCAACCACACCUUCAAUGAAAAGAAAACUAUCACCAGAAGAAACCGCAACAUUACCAUCAUUAUUAGUAACAAGCCUAGAUUUGUCAUCUUCACCUUCGCAAAGAACAUCAGCCACAAAAUUAAGAAUUUUUAAAGAAAGAAGUUUAGAAACAGCCACUGAUGCACAAGCAAGAAAAGAAUUGUAUAAUGAAUUGUACAAACUUAUCUUUUCAAAACAAAAACGAACGCAUGGUGGAAAAAUUGCUAUGACAUAUGCAUGGCCACUACUCAUCAAGCAGCUCAUCCGGUGCCGAUAUCCAUCUGAUAUACAAGACUAUGUUUAUCACAAAAAUUCAAUUAAACUUUCAUUAGAUGAUUUUAUUCAUGCUUUUAAAACAUAA